AUAUAUAUAUAUAUAUAUAUUCACAGCAUCGACAUGGCUAGUUGUACUGCUGCAGACCAGACGAAUUCUGGCAAGGAUUGUUCUGAAAGCGAAACAGAAUUGGUGAAGGAAGAAGCAGCCAAACUAGACAAGAAGAAGAAGGUGGAGGCUAGAGAGGAGGGAGAUGAAGAAGUGAAAGUCACUGCUGACCGGCUCAGCCCCCAUGAUGAGGAAACAGAGAAGCAAGUUGUUCUUGCCAGCAGACAUAUUGCCAUGGCUCUAACCAAAUCCAGUGCCAUCGAGAAAUAUUUCUCCACCUGUCUUUUAGAUGAAGAAGAUGAAGCUCGCUUUGCAGACUUUGACUCAGAGUUGCCGGAUUUUCUCAGUCGGACGUUCUUCAGUCAAGAUGCCAAAUUCUUCUUCCUGAUAUUCACUGCCUUCCUAUUCUUUUCUGUUCUAAUUCUCUUCAUGAUCCAAGCAAACUGUGCUUGGCAUAACAAUCAGUUACUUGAACUGCUUGGACGAGAAGAUUUCUCGCAGGAUUUCUUUUACCUUCAUUACUAUGAGAUGCCAGAAAGACGAGCCAGUCCGGGACUUCGAGUCAACACAAGCUGCUUCGUGCACUAACCCCACACACAGACACACACACACUCACACACACUCCCAUUUGCUGUAUAACAAACCCCAUUUUGUGCAAACGCGAAACAAUAAAGAACUCUGCUAGGAAUAUUUGAAAGAC